AUGGAAUCAUAUGUCGGAUUCAGCGAGACGCCGAAAACACAGGUUGAUCCCACACUUGAAGCCUGUGAAAUGGACGAAUACGAUACCAAUGUCCCCAAGAAGCAUCGAGGAACAGACGCUGACCGACGUGAUAUGCAAAUACACGGCAGAAAACAGGAGUUACAUCGGAUUUUCGGCUUCGUAUCAAUGAUGGGCUUUGGAUCUACGCUCAUUUGCACCUGGGAAAUUCUCCUUGCCGCCGCGGUCACAAGUUCCCUUACCAACGGGGGCACUGCUGGUCUGCUCUGGGGCUUUGUCAUUGUGGCAGUUGCGUUCAUGUUUAUUUACGCAAGCCUGGCCGAAAUGGCUUCCAUGUCCCCAGUCUCUUGCGGCCAGUAUCACUGGGUCUCUGAAUUCUCACCCAGACGCUGCCAAAAAUAUCUAAGCUACCUUACUGGGUGGCUAUGCACUCUUGGAUGGCAAACCGGCCUCGCAGGCGGCUCUUUCAUGGUAGGAACUAUUAUUCAAGGUCUGAUAACGCUAAAUGUCUCUACCUACGAACCACAACCUUGGCACGGAACACUGAUCGUCAUUGCGGUUGGAUGUUUUGUCGUCGGCUUCAAUACUUGCCUUGCUAAGAAGCUGCCUUUUGUGGAAGGCAUAUUGUUGAUGCUGCACGUUGUGGGCUUGUUCGCCAUCAUAAUACCUCUCUGGGUUCUGGCUCCACGAAACAAUACCAAGGCAGUCUUCACGGAAUUCACUAAUAAUGGUGGCUGGCCCACGGAGGGAGUGUCUUUCAUGGUUGGACUUCUUCCACUGGUGAUUUCUGUUCUUGGAUUUGACAGCACUGUACAUAUGUCGCCCUUGGCAUCCACCCUAUCCAUUAGCGGCUACAUGUACAGCUGUCUGCCACCACUUGUUCUGAAUCGAAAUCUACAGCAAGACGUUAUGCCCAAGCGGAAGCGCGGGACCGAAAAAGCCGGCGCACAUCUCACUCAAGAACCGAGCACCUACCCUCCCUUACGAAAGAGUGCGCGCCUGUUGAAAAGAGACUCCCAUCAACUAUCGCCAGUUCAAAAGGGGAAAAAGCAGAGAAGGCAGAACAGAGCACUUUCAUCUCCAUCGACGACCGAGUCGACCAGAGAGGACCGUCGCCCGGCCCAGCUAUCUGAGAAUUACACCAAGAAAUCGACGAACGACACCAGCUUCGAGAGCCAUUUUAGAAAGACUCAUAGUGCUCCAUUUGGAUCAGGCGCUAGCCAUAAGCGAAAACACGAGAAAGAGCUGGGCAGGGCUGGUAUAGAGUCUCCCAAACGACCCCGGAAGACCGCUCAUCCGGUCUUCGCGCGACGACGGACGGUGGGAGCCAGAAUUCAGAGCGAAUGGCAAGACCUGCCAGUACGGAAACUUGAAUUCCAACCAUCAGCAUUGAGGGGUAUGACAACCGAUGCAGGAUAUAAGCGCUGCUCUCCACCUGCCCUUGGCCUUCUUCACGAUCCUGUUGUCGAUGGUUGCUACAUGCCCGAAUCACAAAUUUCCAACCCACGCAAGCGUCAACAUACAGAGCAAUAUGCGCUUCAACCAAACGGAACAUCGCAACCUCAGUUGAAGAGGCAGAAGCUCAACCAUCCCACCACCCGAUCUCAACCACCAGCGUUUUGGGACAACCUAUCGAGGACCUGGUUGACUAGAGGUGCGCUGAGAGAGCUGAAUCGAAGGAAUAAUCAACCCGCUUCAAGUCAACCUCGUUCGCAGCAUCGACGAACUCGCCGACCUGUUACGCGAAACUUCCUCGCUGAGCUAAAGAAGACUCAGUUUGUCUCUGACUAUCUCCGCCAUUGUGAACCGGGGACUUCAAAGGACAUAAAGCAAUUCGCUAGAUACGGCGGUCCGGAUCUGUCGGAUCUGAAGGGUUUCCCGGAACCUGUCGAUCCUCUUAAUCACAUAAUGAGCUCGAGCCAGUCCAGUUCUCGGGGUCGGAAACGGAGUUUAGCAUCCACUCUAGAUACCAGGCUAACUACAAAUACCACAAACACUAGAACAACGGAGAGCAGUGGGCCUUAUAGCCGUAACUUUCAACAAAAGCUCAUUGAUGGCGGCGUUUACCCUGAUGAAUACGAGUACCCCGAUGGUCGAGUCCCACCAGAGCCAGAUAAUUUGGAAGAGAUCAACGGAAUAUUGACACAUCCUCGACCCUCUCUAUCACCGUCACAAUUUUCCAAUGAAAAGUUUAAAGAAUUCAAGCGAGCAGACGCACAUGUCUCUAAGGAGAAUAAAGCAACCAAAACGGUGAUCCCAAUCAUUGAAGGCAAGAUAAAAGAUGGUAAAUGCGUUGAAGGAGACGUUCUUUUCACAAACCUUACACCUCUAACAAACGACAUGCUGACAGCAGCUAAACCGGACCUCUACUACGGCGCACGCCCCGAGCAGCUCAACCGACGAGUCCGUGAUGAGCUAAGCGGCCAUAUCAUCCCUUCAACGCAGGAUGACCUUCCUAUCGUGCCGAACUUCUUUCUAGCGGCCAAAGGGCCGAAUGGAACUGCUGCAGUAGCCAGACGACAGGCAUGUUACGACGGUGCGCUGGGCGCUCGGGGCAUGUACAGUCUGCAGUCAUAUGAAGAAGAUGAACCAGUGCACGAUAACAAUGCUUAUACCAUCACAUCAAUCUAUAGCGAUGGCCAGCUCAAGAUGUACACCAGCCAUCCUACUCAGCCAACCAGUCCUGAAGGUCGGCCUGAAUAUUGCAUGACUCAGCUUAAGGGAUAUUCUAUGACUAGCGAUCCGGAAACAUUCCGAAAAGGAGCGACUGCGUACAGAAACGCGAGAGACUGGACGAAGGAGCAGAGGGACGAAGCGAUUAAGCGGGCAAACGAGAAAGUAAAUGACAGUCAAGUUGGGACGCUAGCUGUUGAUGCAAGCUUUGGGGGGAUCUCGAGCUUUACAACUGAAGAUUCAUUGGACGAAGCCUACAUGAUCGAAGCGCUUAGUCAAGAGUCUCGAACCUCGCUGGAUGAAGGUUCCAAUAUAGCUACUGACCCUCCAGAGUCUGAAACUUCAACGGAUAAGCUCACGAUAAAUUAUAGCCUUACGGCUAAACGCUUAAAGAGGCAUUCAAAGCGAUCACACCAACUCCAGUAA